AUGGAUCUCAAUGGUCACAGACGAGGUAGACUAAAGGAUCUUGUUGUGUAUCAAAAUGGUGAGUUGAGCACGUCGAGUGAAAUUGACCUUGAUCCAUGGACUGCCUGGGCUUACAAACCUCACACUGUGACAUUUUUACUUAUUGGAGCAUGUUUUCUUGUAUGGUCAAGUGGAGCGCUUAAUCCUGAGCGUAGUUCAGAAACUGAUCUUGUUACUGCUGUGAAAAGGGGUUUAUGGGCAAUGAUUGCUGUGUUCCUUGCGUAUUGCCUGUUACAAUCUCCUUCUACAGUGCUUAUCCGUCCGCAUCCUGCCAUUUGGCGCCUUGUUCAUGGAAUGGCUGUCAUAUAUCUUGUUGCACUUACAUUUCUCCUUUUCCAGAAGCGUGACGAUGCGCGGGAGUUCAUGAGAUUCCUUCAUCCUGAUCUUGGUGUUGAGCUUCCUGAGAGAUCUUAUGGAGCUGAUUGUCGAAUAUAUGUGCCCGAAAAUCUCACGAGCAGGUUUAAGAAUGUUUAUGAUAUACUGUUUGAUGAAUUUGUUCUGGCACACAUUCUUGGAUGGUGGGGAAAGGCUAUAAUGAUUCGUAAUCAGCCAUUGUUGUGGGUGCUUUCGAUUGGCUUUGAGUUAAUGGAGCUUACCUUCCGCCACAUGUUGCCGAAUUUCAAUGAAUGCUGGUGGGAUAGCAUCAUUCUCGAUAUAUUGAUCUGCAAUUGGUUUGGUAUUUGGGCAGGUAUGCGAACUGUUCGGUAUUUUGAUGGGAAAACUUAUGAAUGGGUUGGUAUAAGCCGGCAGCCUAAUAUUAUGGGCAAAGUGAAAAGAACGUUAGGUCAAUUUACGCCUUCGAGGUGGGAUAAAGACGAGUGGCACCCACUUCUUGGCCCGUUUCGAUUUAUUCAAGUCCUCAGUCUCUGCAUUAUUUUCUUGACUGUGGAACUCAACACCUUCUUUCUCAAGUUCUGCCUUUGGAUUCCUCCGAGAAAUCCCCUCAUCGUUUAUAGGCUAAUUUUGUGGUGGCUUAUAGCAAUACCCACAAUUCGAGAGUACAAUUCGUACUUGCAAGACAGAAAACCGGUGAAGAAAGUCGGAGCAUUUUGCUGGCUUUCGCUUGCUAUCUGCAUUGUUGAGCUUCUUAUUUGUAUUAAGUUUGGACAUGGAUUAUUCCCUAAUUCAAUGCCCAGUUGGUUAGUCGUGUUUUGGACGUGUGCUGGGCUUGGGAUUGUGAGUUUCUUGGUUGUGUGGUCAUGGCAACUGCACAGAUUGCUAAAGAGAAAGCUGCAAUAG